GGUCAGCGCGCGCCGCCGCAGUAGCUGGUGUGGAACUACGGGGAAGGAAGAGGCUGCUUCGGGCGCCAGCUUCCGAAGCGUCGGGACGGAGCUGGCACCUGGUUGGUUCUUGGACCUCGGCCGCGGCGGGAGGUCUCUCCACGUGCUUUCUGCUGCGACAUGGAGUUGGAGGAGUCGGGCUUCAGAGAAGCAUGCGGCGUGUUCGGGUGCAUCGCUUCUGGAGAGUGGCCCACGCAGUUAGAUGUGCCCUAUGUGAUAAAUCUAGGACUCGUUGGGCUGCAGCACCGGGGUCAAGAGAGUGCUGGUAUUGUGACCAGUGAUGGGAGCUUGGUGCCAGCAUUCAAAAUGCAUAAGGGAAUGGGUCUUGUAAAUCACGUGUUUACUGAAGACAAUUUGAAGAAAUUAUAUGUUUCAAAUCUUGGAAUUGGACACACAAGGUACGCUACUACAGGCAGAUGUGAAUUAGAGAAUUGCCAGCCCUUUGUCGUAGAGACGCUCCAUGGGAAAAUAGCUGUGGCACAUAAUGGUGAAUUGGUGAAUGCUCCUCAGUUAAGGAAAAAGCUUCUGCGUCAUGGUAUUGGUCUGUCAACAAGCUCUGAUAGUGAAAUGAUUACCCAACUCCUGGCAUAUACCCCUCCACAGGAGCAAGAUGACACCCCAGACUGGGUAGCAAGGAUUAAAAACUUAAUGAAGGAAGCACCCACAGCAUACUCCCUGCUUAUAAUGUACAGAGAUGUUAUAUAUGCAGUACGGGAUCCUUAUGGAAUUCGGCCUCUGUGCAUUGGUCGUCUUAUUCCAGGUUCUGAUAUAAAUGACAAAGAGAAGAAAACGUCAGAAACAGAAGGAUGGGUAGUGUCUUCAGAAUCUUGUAGUUUUCUAUCUAUCGGUGCAAUAUACUACCGUGAAAUCUUACCUGGGGAAAUUGUGGAAAUAUCCAGACACGGUGUCCAAAUUCUUGAUACCAUAUCAAGGUCUGAUGGAAACCCAGUGGCUUUUUGUAUCUUUGAGUAUGUUUAUUUUGCAAGACCAGAUAGUAUAUUUGAAGACCAAAUGGUUUAUACAGUGAGAUACCGCUGUGGUCAGCAGCUGGCAAUCGAAGCACCUGUGGAUGCAGAUUUGGUUAGCACUGUUCCAGAAUCUGCCACGCCUGCUGCUCUUGGAUAUGCAAAAAAGAGUGGACUUCCAUAUGUGGAAGUGCUGUGUAAAAACCGAUACGUAGGAAGAACCUUCAUUCAGCCAAACAUGAGAUUAAGACAACUUGGUGUUGCAAAAAAGUUUGGAGUAUUGUCGGACAACUUUAAAGGCAAAAGAAUUGUUCUUAUAGAUGAUUCAAUUGUGAGAGGCAAUACUAUUUCACCCAUAAUAAAAUUGCUCAAAGAAUCUGGUGCAAAAGAGGUACACAUUCGAGUAGCUUCACCACCAGUCAGAUAUCCAUGCUUCAUGGGAAUAAACAUUCCCACAAAAGAGGAGCUCAUUGCCAAUAAACCAGAAUUUGCUCAUCUUGCAGAAUAUCUUGGAGCAAGCAGUGUUGUGUAUCUGUCAGUAGAAGGACUGGUUUCAUCUGUACAAGCAGAGAUAAUAUUAAAAAAACAAAAAGUGAAAAGGCAUGAUAUUAUGAUUCAGCAAAAUGGAAAUGGUCUGGAAUGUUUUGAAAAUAAUGGUCAUUGUACAGCUUGUCUCACUGGAAAAUACCCUGUAGAAUUGGAAUGGUAACUGGUAGGAGCAUAUAAUGUUGCUUCAAGAUAGAAAGUUGGUCAUGAAAGGGUUACUCAUCUGUUCACUCAGUACAUAAAACAUGAAAUGCCACAUGCUUGCAUUUACCUUUAUUAUUUUUGAGAUUUUUUUCUGAAAAGGGUACCAAAUACUAUAAUUGAACUUUGCUCAUUACAUAUAAUACAACAUGUUUUGUUUUGUUUUUUUAAAUUACACUGGAUAGCCUUUUUCGUUGAGUCAGAGAAGGCAGGUGUAAGUGCUAUUUGCCACAUCUAUUAAUGGAUUAGAUUGUGAGGUUAGUGCCAACUAGGAGGUGUGAUGCACAAAAGAUAGGUUGAGUUAAUAUAACAUUUCAUGCAAAGUUGGAAUUGAUUCAACCCACAUGUGUCUAAUCUCUGUCUUUCAGACUGUAGGUUUGUUUUGUUUUGGUACCAGGGAUCAAAUUUGGGUCCUUGCAUUUGUGAGGCAGGCAGCAGAACCACUGAGCUAAAUCCCUGGCCAGGCUGUAGUUUUGACCUUGGCUCUCCUGUCUUUUUUAUUGUUGUUGUUUUUUUGUUUUGGUUCUGGGGAUCAAACUUGGGACCUUGCACUUGUGAAGCCGGCAGCAGCAAGCUUUCCUGUCUAUCCUCAACGUUUUUUAGUGGUACUAAGAAUUGAACCCAUUGGGUGCUAAACUAAAUCCCCAGCCCC